UGUCCGUCAGUUGAAUGCCGCCAUUUUCGUGGUGUGUAAACGUUCUGUUGAUUUUGGAAAAAUAAGCGCAUGAUCAUUUUGACGUAUCAUACGUCUUUGGCAAGUUCUACAUCAUGAAUCAGUCACGGAAUUUUACAUCAUUAUUAAAUCCGAGUUAUUUGCAAAACGCGCAACAAAAUGCUGCGACUGCAAACGCGGCUGCCGCUGCAGCUGCAGCAGCUGCCGCGGUAAGUGCUGCAAUUGCAAAUGGAACACAACUUAACACCAAUUCCAAUUCCACAACAAAUAACACAAGAAAACGCGAAGCGGAAAGUGAUGGUAAACAGGAAAAAGAGACGAAAGAGGAACGUAGGAAGAGGAGGAAAACUAGAUGGAGCGGUAGUGAACAUGACAAAACUUUUAUACCAGGAAUGCCUACAGUUCUACCAACAAACCUGACUCCUGAACAGGAGAAAGCUUACCUCUUUCAGCUGCAGAUUGAGGAAAUCAGCAGGAAGUUACGCACUGGAGAUCUUGGAAUUCCACUUAAUCCUGAGGAAAGAUCUCCAUCUCCAGAACCUAUAUAUAGUAGUGAUGGAAAACGGUUGAAUACAAGAGAAUAUCGUACUAGACGUAAAUUGGAAGAAGAGCGUCACAAUCUUAUUCAGAAGAUUCUCAAAAUUAAUCCAGAAUUUAAACCACCACCAGAUUAUAAACCACCAAUUAUACGAGUACAUGAUAAAGUAAUGAUUCCUCAAGAAGAACAUCCAGACAUUAAUUUUGUUGGUCUUCUGAUUGGUCCACGUGGAAAUACAUUGAAAUCAAUGGAAAAGGAAACUGGAGCAAAGAUAAUAAUUCGUGGUAAAGGUUCUGUAAAAGAAGGAAAAGUUGGAAGGAAAGAUGGACAACCUUUACCUGGUGAAGAUGAACCUUUACAUGCAUACAUUACUGCUAAUAAUUUGGAUGCUGUAAAAAAGGCCGUUGAAAGAAUUCACGAAAUUAUACGACAAGGUGUGGAAGUACCUGAAGGGCAAAAUGAUUUGAGACGUAAUCAACUUAGAGAAUUGGCUUUAUUGAAUGGAACAUUACGUGAAAAUGAUGGACCACGUUGUACUAAUUGCGGUGCAUCCGAUCAUAAAUCAUGGCUGUGUCCAGAUAAACCAAAUGUGACAAAUAACAUAGUAUGCUCAAGUUGUGGUGGAGCAGGUCAUAUUGCACGUGACUGUAGAUCUAAGAGACCUGGACAAGGUGGACCAGCUGCUGCAGGCAUGGGAGGAAUGGGACCAGGUGGAGAUAAAGCUAAAAUAGAUGAAGAAUAUAUGUCUCUUAUGGCAGAAUUAGGUGAAGGUCCACCACCUGAUCGUUCCAAAACUGGACAGCCACGUCAACCAAAUCCAAAUCCUAAUUAUCCUGGUCUUUUUGAUAGACAACAAGCACCUCGUGCUUUAAUGGCAGCACCAGCACACCCGCCACCACAAAUGAUGCAAGGUGGACCAAUGAUGCCUCCGCCAGGAAUGGCUCCGCCACCAUGGAGUCAAGGAGAAGUAAAUAAUAUGAAUGGUAUGAACAUGCAAUGGCAACCUCCAGUUAGUAUGCCUCCACCACCUGGUGUAAUGCAACCACCUCCACCACCGCCUGGUUCCACAUCUCAACCAAAUAUUCCACCAUUGAUGCCUUGGAUGGCCGGAAACAAUCAACCACCGCCACCAGGACAAAUGCCACCUACACAAAUUCCACCACCUGGAAUGGGUAUACCACCAUGGCAACAAGGACAACAAGGACCAAUGCGUCCACCUCCACCUGGAACUGCUCCACCACCAGGUUUUCCAGGAUGGCAACCACAACAAAUGGGCGGAUGGCCACCAGCAGCUCCUGUUCCUCCCCCACCUCAGCAACAAACACCAGCUCCACCUGGCAUUGAUCUCAACACUUUACCUACAUUAUUAGCACAACCACCUCCUCCACCACCACCAACUAGUUAGUGUAAAGAAUCAUCGUAUCAUCUAAUCAAAUCUUUAUUCAUAUAAUAGAGGGAUAUUAUUGGUCGUGUCAGUAAAUAGAUUAUAAUAUUGGACUGAAAACAGUUAACUAUUAAUUAGUUGAAAUGAUUCACGAUUUUAAAUAGCCCGUUCGUCGUACAUGGCUUUGUUCUUUAUAAGUAAAGAAAUAUAUAGUUAGAUAAAUAUUUUUCAAUCCAUCUUAAGGACCAUAUACUCUUUAUAGAAAAUUACUUUAGAAUUCAUGAUAUUUUCGGAAUUUUAAAUUAAAAAUUUGUAAGAUUUGUUUUGGUUACCAUUACUUUCAAACAUUGUACGUAUCUAAAGCUUUCUUACAAGUAUAAAUGUAAGUGAUAUACCAAACACAGUUUUAUAAUGUUGUUUCAGGCACUUUAUAAUUUUUACUAUAUGUUUCUCUAAACUUAAUAUCAUAUAUUAUAACUUAGAACAUAAUUUACUUGUAUUUUGUCAGUAGUAUGCAUAAUACUUUGUAGUAUCACAUUUGUUGUUCUGUACAAGUACAAUUAUGAUCUACUUUUGCUUCAAUAUAUUACCUAUUGUGAAGACAAACAUUAUAUAAUAAUCAACAAAUUACAAUAAAUAAUCAGAGCAAAAAUAUUUUUUUUAUGGAACUGUGCUAAGUUCCUAUAAUAAUAUUAUUCAUUAGUAAUAUUAAUAUAUAUAAUUAUUAUAAUUAAUUUUGUAUUAUUAUUUCAAUAAUUUUGAUGAAUAUAAUUUGUCAUCAUGAAAUAUUAGGUGAUACAAUGAAGCAUCAGAAUUGUAGCUUGUGCAAAUAAUAAUUUGUCAAUUUUAAAUUUCACAUUUAGAUUAUUUAUAUGUUAAGUAUAAUUUUUGCAAAAAGGUCUUUUUCACACAUAUAUUUACAAUUCAUUCAUUACCAAAAUGUACAUUGUAAACGUCCAAGCGCAAUAAUUUCGUAUCACUGAUUCACUAAUAAGAAGUAAAUUUAUUGAACAAAAAUCUUAAAUUAUAUAAAACAUUCGCUUUAUAUGAAAUAAUAUUAGUAUUGUGUGUUACAUUUAGAACACAGUUUGUGAAACUUCAUAGCUUAACGUGUAUAUUAAUUACACAAUAAAGGUAUUAAAAUAUA